AUGACAAUCAACCGUGGAGAAUUAGCAGUCUUACCGCAGACAAACUCCCCACUGUUCAAGCUGCCAGGCGAAUUGAGGAAUUACAUAUAUGACCUUAGCCUUACACCAUUCGGCUCUAUCGUCAAUCCUUGCUGGGACAAGACAAUCAGACACGAGCAUCAGCAAGUGCCUAGCUUGGGUAUUGCCCUACUGAGGACCUGCCGCGCCCUCUAUCUGGAAUUAGGCAACUCGAUAUUAUUGGAGAAGGGAGACUAUGUGUUCACUCGAGUCACAUAUAUUCAAGCCUUCUUUGCUCGUCUGUCUCUAGCACAAGCCAGUUAUGUGCGCCACAUCACAAUCGAUCUUAGAGAAGCAGCAUCAGGGGAUGUUACGUCACAGACGGAACGUAGCAUGACCAUCGCCAAUGAAUGGAUACACUAUUUCUGCUGCACUCAAGGAGCACACAUGAUGGGCGCCUGGUGCGCAGAUCUCUGCACCCUUAAGUCUGACAUCCCCCAUCUGAGAUCACUCUGUAUUGAUUUGACCACAUGGCAACCCAGCCAUGCUGGCUCUCGGAUGGGCGGCUGGAGGUAUCUGCAAAAGCUGCUUCCAGAAACUCAAGGAUUGGACUCGUUCACGCUAAAGGGCAAGCGUCUAGACAGUAGCUCUUGGAGCUCACAGCCGGUACCAUGGAGCCUGGGCUUGUGGUUCUCGCCCGUCUUUGAGAGGGACGAGUCUGCGCUCGUUGACUUGAUCGCACAGACUGUACGCCUGGCCAACGAAGAGGAAGUUCGACUCGUAGAAUGGCACACCAUGGACUGUGUCACGCUACUCACAGUGCGUGUCGAGAAGGCACGCAAAGUCUGUCCAUCUAUAAGUUGUGUGAUCCCGCUCUUACAAGACGGUAUGAUGCUGUGGGAUGAGUUCCUCGAGUUCAAGAACGAGCAAGUCGAAUUCACGAAGAGACGUAAGGCAUCGGUGCCUGUCGGUGAUACUAUCUGGACUGGAGCACCUGUAAUUCAAGUAUAA